GCGGCGGCGGCGGCGACGGGUUUCGGCUGAUCCCGGACGUGAGGUGCCCGGCUCUGAGGGAGGGAAUCCGAGGUCCAGGUGGGGUGCCGCAUAGGCUGUCUGUCUGUCGGGUGGCGAGCUAUGGCUCCAGGUUCUCAGAGGUUGCCCUGCUGCCGCUGGAGAUGGUAUGUGUUGCCAAUUUGUAAUACUAGGCAAAGGAGUCAUUUCUAACAAGGAUACAAUUAUCAUCAGUGUAGCCACGGAAGAAUGAAUAUGCCUUGUGUGGAAUUAACCCUGGGGUUUGGUUUUCAGUUAAGAAAAUGAGGCAGAAGGGAGUGUUAACCAAGACCUUCCGAGGCCCAGCCAGUGUCUGUAGAACUCCGACCAGCCACGUUUACAUGUUUGAGAAUGGCAGUGGGGACUCGGGGGACUCCUCUGAGGAAGAGUCCCACCGGGUGGCUCUGCGGCCUCGGGGCAAGGAGUGCCAGAAGAAGGGUGCCCACCAGUCUCAUCAGCCUGGAGCAGGGGAUGUGGUGCUGCUACAGCGGGAGCUGGCCCAGGAGGACAGCCUCAACACGCUGGCUCUUCAGUAUGGCUGCAAAGUCGCAGAUAUCAAGAAAGUCAACAACUUCAUCAGAGAACAAGACUUAUAUGCUUUGAAAUCUAUUAAGAUUCCAGUAAAAAACCACGGGAUCCUAACAGAGACCCGCAAAGAACUCAGACCCCUCCUGAGCUCAUCCACAGAGACCAGAGUGACCUUCGAGGAGCAGCCAGACCCUGACAGAGUCGCUGUUGGUGCCAAUGCCCCAUCUAGCCCACUGACGGAGUUCUUUAAGGGCAUCGACCAGAAUAUUGAGCAUGCCGUGCAGUCAGAAAUCUUUUUGAGUGAAAGUUACUGCUUAGGGACCUCCAGUCAGCCCCUGCUUCCAGCUCCUCCAAAGACAUCGACAAGUGGUGCAGACUGUGGAAUUCAGUGGUGGAAUGCUGUUUUUAUCAUGCUUCUAAUUGGAAUUGUUUUACCAGUGUUUUAUUUGGUCUAUUUUAAAAUACAAGCUACUAGUGAGAUCCCUAGUAGCUUGAAUACAACUGCUGUCCCCAACGGCUCAAUGAUAAUGAGUGCAGUUCCAGAGCAAGCCCCCAAAUUAGUGAUUCCAGGACCAACCAUCCCCUCUUCAGACAGCCAAUUCAGUCAGACCACCCACAGGGGGAACUAGCUAUUGUUGCUUCUAAAGAAUCAGGCCAGCUUUAGCAAUUGGGCUCCCAAUGUACAUCAGCCAAUGCUGGCCAUAUCUUAGGGUGCUGCAUUUCCUUUUCUGUGACAAGGACACACUUCAGAAGCCACCAUCAUGUCGUCAGUAAUUCUCAUAGUGGGAAGAGCCUUGCCUGAUCCAGGACUCUGGGAGCCAAAACACCAGCGUCCUGAGCCUCCCACUUCCAGAGAGGAGUGGCAAAAGAGAUAUUUAACAUGUCAAAUGCUGUUUCAUGAAGGCAUUUAGCAGGCUGGCCAUGAGGGUCUUCACAGUAGCAGAUUGGACAUGCUUGGAGGGAGAGGAAUGGCCUUGGCAAACGGACCUGCAGUAUGGGAGCCCCUGGGUCUGGCUUUGGGUAUCUGCUGUUUGCUGUGUCUCCUGUCUGCUCUGGAGGGUGACUGAUAAAUGGUGUUCUGUGUCUCCCCUGCAAAGGUGCUAUGCAGUAGUGGUGGAAUGUCACCCUGUUUUAGAGCCUGACACAUUGCAGUUGUACUAGGCCCUGCAUCAUAUUUGCCCUCUCAGGUCACCUUUUUGAGGCAGUGUCUUAUCUAGUAUUAAAAAAGCCCUAAAUCCAAAUUGGUAUAAUAUGGAGUAAGUAGCAGUUCCGUUCCUCAAAGUUUAGAGAGCUACUUAAUCUGACACACAGGCACUUUUUAAGCUCUGUGUGGUGCAGUCAGCACUUCCUGGCCAGGACGAUUGGAGACCAUGGCCCAGUUUCACCUGAGGAGCAUUUCCACAGUGAUGGCUAACUGGAGUCCCAAAGUCAGCAUUCUUGGAAGGAGCUCUAGCUGGUCAGUGUCUGGAGUGGAGCAGGUACAGAGAGAAGGAUGAGUGCCAGUCACUGAAGUCCCAAAAUAUGACACUUCUAAGGCCAUGCUGUCUCUGGUCAAGCAUCUUGCUAGCUCUUAGAGGCACAUGGAAGAGUGGCACAGGGAGAAUAGGCGUGCUUCCUGCUGCUUCCUUGACUCCAUUCUUAGCCACAGAACAGGAAUGGGCUUGGUCAUUUUCCUUUGGGUGAAUACAAUGUAGCUUACAUUGUUAAAGUAUCAAAGACAAUGGAGGGCCUAGAGGUGGCCUUUGCUGUGAAAGACAAUAGGAAGUGGGGCCUGAGGUUUGCUGUUCUCCUCCUAUGACAGGUAGCAGUGGUGCUAAGUGCAGAGGCUGGAGGAAGGCAUGGGUUAGCAUGAUGCCUUGCUGGUGAAGCAAGUAUGCAUCGGGUGAGGGCAGGAGCCCACUUCAUUACCAUGGAGGAGUGGUGGCAGGCUUAGCCUGGGAGAGGUCUGUCUCCAGGGAGGAAAACAGCUUCACAAAUGCUGAGCUUUAGGUAGGUUUAAGGUAUUUGAUACAUUAGGCCUAGGUAUCCAUUUAAAAGAUUUCAUCAGGUACGAGGAAGGAAAUGUGGCAGAAGAGUACUUGAGAUGGGCUUCCAGUUUCUCCUCUCAGUUGUGUGAAAAACAGUUUUGCCCUGGGUUCAAUUAGCACAUUAAAAUUAUCUUCGAAAUUAAUCAGUUUCUUCAAAACCAAAAUGGUCUUCAGGAUUAAGUGAACUUGUGAACCUUUGCUACAGGAAAUGUUUUGAUCAUGUAAAUGCUUUUCCAGCCAAAUGUUUGUGUGCACUGUGUCCCUGAGGGCCACAGAUUUCUCUAACAUUUGUCACCAUUAAAUUCACUAGUCUGGGCUUAGACUCCCAUGAGAAAUGACUUUUGCCAAAGAAUGCGUAUCUGUAUACUUUUUUCAAGUGGAAUAAAAUAAUUUCUUCUGUGAAGGAAAA